ACAGAGGGGCGGGGCCCAGGACGGGGCGGGGCUAAGGGGGCGGGACCGGGCAGUUUCUGGCGGCAAGGCUGUUUGUACUCGCGCAGGUCUGGUGGAUCCUGCUUGGCAGCUGCAGGGCGGACUCAAGAGCUCGAGGCAAGGGCUCCUUUCGCUUCCCGCGGCCAUGGAGCGGCUGACGUUGCCUCCUGGUGGUGCGGAGGCAGUGGACGAGUACUUGGAGUACCGGAGAAUUGUUGGUGAGGACGAUGGAGGGAAACUUUUUACUCCUGAAGAAUAUGAAGAAUACAAGAAAAAAGUUUUACCCAUGCGUUUACAGAACAGAUUAUUUGUGAGUUGGCGGUCACCAACAGGAAUGGAUUGCAAACUUGUUGGCCCCGAGACAUUGUGUUUUUGUACCCAUAGGUAUAAACAGCACAAAACUGACUUUGAAACGAUUCCCCAGCAGCGUCCCAUUGCUCUGCCGUGCCGAGUGAGUGGCUGCCGGUGCAAGGCUUACCACUAUGUCCCUCUGAAUGGUACCCAGCCUAUUCGCUGCAGGUGCAAGCACUUUGCUGAUCAGCACAGUGCCGCUCUUGGCUUCACAUGCAAUGCCUGCUCCAAGUGCUCGGGCUUCCACAGCUGCUACACUUGUGCCUGUGGCCAGCCGGCAUAUGCCCACGACACAGUGGUGGAAACACGGCAAGAAAGGCUGGCUCAGGGAAAACCGGUUGGGCGGGAUGUUCCGUAUGCGGCAAUGGGAGGUUUAACUGGUUUCAGCUCCCUGGCAGAAGGCUACAUGCGCUUAGAUGACAGUGGCAUCGGUGCACCCUCGGUUGGAGUUUUGGACUCUGCGGUUUCGGCCAGGGACCAUCCGUUCCUAAGAGCCAUGCACGCACCAUCUACUUCUUCUCCACAGCCACUAGCGGGCGGUCAUGAAGUAGGUCCAAGCACUCAGAUUUCUUCCUUAAGGAAACCUGAAGAGGAUGAUAUGGCGUACUUUGAAAGACAGUACCAGGAAAGGAUAAAACUGGAAAAGGCUGCUAAACAGAAAGGAAAAGCGCCACCGCUGCCGAGCACAAAGCCAUCGUGAAGUCUGGUGAACAGAUCGAGCCGUCAUCCAGAUGCAUCUUUUAUUUAUUUAUUUUCUCUCAACAUAUGUACUUUCUAAUUGUGUAAAUAUGUCCUUUUGAAUUUGGCUUAGCUUAUGGAAACAAGUGAAAUGAAUUUUUAUUUUUUGUCAGAACUCAUGACUUAAAGCACUUUAUAUGCCUUUUAAAGAUGACUAUUGGGUAGCACAGCCUGGCGUUGGAAUCACGGUAUUCUUGCCUUACCGUAUGUAUGCUCUCUCUCUCUCUUAGCAAGUUUUAUGUUAUUUUUAUGUGAUUCAAACCCUAAAAGUACAGUAAAUAUUUUUAGUUUAUCAUAAUUUAACUUUUUUGUCUACCUAAAAAAAUUAAGGAUAUUAUUAAAGGUUUUAAACAAAUAUAUAGGGUCAGUUUUUUCAUUCAACGUAGCAAGACUUGAAUAUCCUGUUGUUGCCCAGAGUCAUGGUGACCAUGUGGCUGGGCAGUGCUGCACUCUUCUGUGCCCUUAGUGACAGUUGUCCUGCUGGCUCACCCGAUGUGACCGUUGUGCUUUCAGGCCUGGGCAGCGCCUAGGUCAGGCUCUCCUCCCCUCAAUAGGACAACCAGUGAGGGCUCUAGCAAUGGCUCUAUGCUUCUACUGAACUGCUGGGCCUCACCUCCCAGUUGGCUAAGGACUGGCCCUACCUGUUCUUUGUUCACUGCCCAGUGCUGCUUCUCCAGUUUUUAACAGUCUCCUACCCCUGAAUUUCUGAGCCCUUAACCCAGUGUUAUGCCCCCAGCCAUACCACCCACCCACAGAGUCACCCUGCCUUUGGGUAGGAGCCUUAGCUUAUGUUGUUUCAGAAACUAGAAACAUUGAAUCAGACCAAUUACUAGUUGCAAUACGUAUUUGCAUGUAAAGCUGUUUGUGCAACGCCCCCCAAAAAAAAACCCCAAAACUGUAUGACACACUGUUGUUUGCAGUGCCACCUCAAUGAAUAAAUAUGCAAGGAGAGAUGGGAAAGAUAGCAGAACUGAGGGGCUGUGGUGGCGACAGGCGUGGGAGUGUAGCCUUGGCUGACAAAGGGGCAUGUUACCUAGUACUGUCAACAGGGUGGUGUGCAGCUGCCUGGAGCUCAGACAGGCUCUGCUUCUGAAUGUGAUGUCUAGCCACAUGAUCGCCCUGGCUCUAGGCAGUGGCAGGAUGUCCAAGAGGAAGAAAGGCUCAUUUUGUGGGUUGGACCUUCUUGAAAGACCUCCAUGGUCUGUGUUGCUGCCAGAGGCCGUGUUGGCAUUGUGUGGCCUGUGCUACAGUCAGAGUCCUGUGGAUGUCAGUGGUCCAUGCUGCCACUGGGGCGUCCACUGUCCGUGCUGCGGCUGCCUGCUGCGGACAAGGAAGCUUCUCUGCAGGAUUUUCAAUGACGUCAGACUCACAGUUGAGAAUGAGAGACAUUGAGGGCUUUUAUGAAACCCUCCUUCCCUCUCCAAAUUAAACAGUCUGGACAGGAAGCCAUUGAAUAGAGUACUUAAAAAUUGUGCUAGGGAUGCUGAAGUGUAGCUCUUCACAGUUGAUGGCUUCUGACAGGGGAGUGGGGUUAGGAGAGAGGAUUCACGAGUCUUUAAGUGGCUGGCCAUUGAGAGUUUAGCUAUGCUCCAAUGAGUAUAUGUGCAACACAAUU